GUUUACAAAUAUCGAAAUUGCUAAAAAAUAUUUAUUUCAAUUUAAUUCUUCCAUAAGAAUUUUUUCCUUUAAAAUACCUAUUCAAAAUGCUUUGUUGUCCGAACUUAUUAUCUGUUACAAGGGAAGAUUUUCAACUAAAAGAGGAAACCAAAAAAUAUGUUCCUGCUCCAAAGAUUACUCAAGAAGACGCCUCUCUUAUUAGUGGACAAUGUUUCAAUAAUUUAAAAGUCAAUGGCGUUCAAAAGCCAAGUAAGCUCUAUCCAGAAAUUACUCUAGACAUCGAGGAAUACAAGGACUUUUUAAUACGCCUCGAAUAUUGUAAGAAAAAGAUAUACAAUAUGUAUUUUAAAUGUCCAAAUGUAGAAUCUGAGAUAAUCGAAAAAUUGCUACGGGAUUUAGAGAAAACUACAUACCAGGUUGAUUUUUCUCCGAAUAUAUAUGAACCUCGUAGUUCAUAUAAAAGAGUGAUGAAAUAUUCAACUAAUGGAUUAGGUCCGAAAGGCAAUGACACCAUAUAUCGGACAUACUACCACCGUUUAAAAGAUCUCGAACAAUUUGCCGAAUAUUUGCACGCAGUAAUGGUAAAGGAUAAUAGCCGAUUGAUGCGAGCAAAAUUAAAUCGUCUGUAUGUAACAGGAAGAAGCACUUAUUAUGACCAAAUAUGCGUUCCUGGGUUAGAAAUUGCUAAACAACAUGUAACUCGACCUGGACCUAUUGAUCGCUAUACAGAAAGAAAAGUAUAAAAUGGGUUUGUAAAAAAUUAAAGUUAAGUAUACAAAAUUUGAAUAACUAUAUACCUAUAAAGAAAUUAUAAGUAGUUUUAUUGAACUAUCAAGAUUACAAAUAAAAAUAAACAGAAAUUAA